UGAGAUUCAAGAAAGUCCAGUAACUUUAAAAAGUCAUACAGAGGUUAAGUGACAUUGUUCUGAAUAUAUUUUAAAUUAGACACAACUUUAUUAAAAUGCAGCAGUAUUUUAAAAUAAUCAUUAAUAAGGAGAUUCUUAGUUAUCCACUUUGGAAGGGAGUUUGUUCCUAGAUUUUAUUUCAUUAGGAGCCUGGAACCUUCCAGAACAAUUCACAGGCUUGCUGCUAUGUGAGCCUCAGUAGUGGUGAUCUCUCAGUGCCUGUUUCACUAUUAAUAAAAUUAACAUAAUAUCCCUCUCCUUACUGAUAUCAGAAGCUGUUCUAAGAAUACAAUAAAAUUAUAGAAGUGAAAGUGAUUUGGCAACUCUACAUCAACAAUUCAAAUUGUCCUGAUUCUUGUCUUUUUCUAAGCCCUGAAGGUGACAUGAACACAGAGAUGGGGAAUUACUCUGUGGUGACUGAAUUCUUUCUGGUGGGACUCUCCCAAUACCCAGAGCUCCAGCAUUUUCUGUUUGUGCUCUGCCUCAUCAUGUACCUGAUAAUCCUCCUUGGAAACGGUCUCCUCAUUAUCAUCAGCAUACUGGAUUCUCGCCUCCACACCCCCAUGUACUUCUUUCUCGGAAACCUCUCAUUCUUGGACAUCUGUUACACAUCAUCAUCCAUUCCUCCAGUGCUUGUUAUAUUUGUAUCUGACAGAAAAUCCAUCUCCUUCACUGGCUGUGCUCUGCAGAUGGUUGCCUCUCUUGGUUUGGGCUCCACUGAGUGCGUCCUCCUGGCUGUGAUGGCCUAUGAUCGGUAUGUGGCCAUCUGCAACCCACUGAGGUACCCCAUCAUCAUGAACAGGGUGCUGUAUGUGCACAUGGCUGCAUGGUCUUGGACCAUAGGCUGUCUGAACUCCUUAGUGCAAACAGUCCUGACAAUGAUAUUGCCUUUCUGUGGUAAUAAUGUCAUUGAUCAUAUUACCUGUGAGAUCUUGGCCCUUCUUAAACUCAUCUGCUCAGAUAUCACCAUUAAUGUGCUUAUCAUGACACUUGCAGGUAUUGUUUUACUGGUGAUUCCUCUGCUGUUAAUUUUCAUCUCCUAUAUUUUCAUAAUCUCUUCCAUCCUUAGAAUUAGUUCUGCUGAGGGAAGAAAAAAAGCCUUUUCUACCUGUUCGGCCCACAUGACUGUGGUAAUCUUAUUCUACGGUUCAGCCGUUUUUAUGUACAUGAAGCCCAAGUCAAAGGACACAAACACCUCUGAUGAGAUCAUUGCACUGUCUUAUGGAGUGGUAACCCCAAUGUUAAACCCCAUCAUCUACAGCCUGAGGAAUAAGGAGGUGAAAGAAGCUGUGAAGAAAGUUCUGAGCAGACACCUGACUUUACUGAAAACAUGA